UCACUUCACGCCUACAUUGCGUCUCGCCUUUCGAACAUCUUCUCGGCUCUCUUUGUAGCUGCUAUUAUCCUCCCCCACGCGCCCCCCCCCCCGCCGUGACUGCACACUGCAGGCACAGGUCUGAGAAACACCAAAUACACUCUCACCGUUCCGAUCCUCACCAUCUCGCACUCGCACCAAUCCCACCCGAGAAGGCAAUCAGUCUUACCUCGUCACCGCCAUGGCUCUCGCUUCAUUCCUUGUCGCGCUCUUCUCGAUCCACUCCAGCUUCUCCGCCAGCGUAGCUUUCGAUACCAUCAAGUUCUUCCUCAAGCUGAUUGUCUUCAUGCUGUUGGGUGUGCUUCUUUCGCAAUAUCGUUCCAGUCGACGCAUCAACAAUCUGCUGAAGAAAGUGGAGGGCCUGGGAAGGCUGCAGAAGCAAGUGGAUGGUCUGGGCAUGACCUACAAGAGCGUGGUCGAGCGAUUGAACAAGAUGCAGAAGACUGAUGCGUUGACUGUCAGCCAGCUUGAGAAGAUGGUCUAUGCGCCGUACACACAGGAUGCCGAUCUCAAGAAGCACGUCUCUGUUCUGAAUGAAAAUGUGGGCAGACUGAUGAAGAGUGUCGGAGAUCUGCACAUGAGAUUAGCAGUGCUGAGUGUCGACAUGCAGAUCGCGCAGCACAUUGCAGACAUGGGGAAACAUGCGAAGCACAUAACGAAGAAUGGUGCGAAUGAGGCAGAUGAGCAGGUGGCGGUUUCUGGAGGGCCCAGGUACGAAGAGGUCGUGAAUAAGCAGGAAUACACCCCAGCUUCGACUGAUUGUGGGGAUCUUGACGAUGAGACUUCUCGCACUCGCUCCAUUCCCCCCUACGGGUCCGAGCAGGGUUCAGACUGGGAGACAGUUGCAGUCCGAAUUAAUGGCAGUUCCUAGGCUUGGUUCGCUCUGAGUACUGAGAAGCUAUGCAGUACUCACGGGGACAAUGGUAACAUAAAGGGAAGCUUUGACUGUAUCGAAGUACACCGCAGAUCGGUGGUAGAGAGAACUAUCAUGAUCUCAUCAGUGCUUGAGGACGUCACCUUGGUCAUGAAUGAGCGAGAAGGCCAUUGAGGACAUAGAUAUUAACCAAACUAAUCUUCUCGUGGCAUACUAUGAGCCAUAAAACCUCUGUGGUGCCUUGCCAUGUCGAUCUCGACGUGCGGGAAUUUAUCCAUGAGGGAUUUCCAUUCUUGGCAACCUCUUAGGUAACGGAAAUGAGCAACCCCCGAAAGGU